AUAUUUAAAAUUUAUGUCAAAAUCCAAAAUGAAUUGAAAUAGGAAUAGUUAUAUGAUUAUGAUCCCUGUGUCACACUUCUUACUUGGUGUAGCUUGUUACAUGGGUCGUGAGUGGGAACUUAGUUUCCGUCUGGGUAUGCGCCCUUGGAUCGCUGUUGCAUAUUCAGCUCCUGUUGCAGCUGCGGCUGCUGUUUUCUUGAUCUAUCCAAUUGGUCAAGGAAGUUUUUCUGAUGGUAUGCCUGUAGGAAUCUCCGGUAUUUUCAACUUCAUGAUUACCUUACAGGAAAACAGAGUAUUUACUCACAUGGUGCUGGUUCCCGUAGCUUUGACUCAAAAUUUUGUGCAACAGCGUCAAUGAAUUCUUCAGUGUUCAGGUAAAAUUCUCUUGAUACGCUGCAUGCAUCAAAAGUACUGAAGUAAAUAUAAACAAAUUUAGCUUACUUUUGGUUCAACUAAGUCUAUGCCUUACCAAGGAACUUCUUUGGCAACAUUUGCUCUGGUUCAUAUUCUAUUGAUGAACGAGUCAUUUACCUUUCCAACAUUACAGAGAAUGAUACCAAUUUCAAGUCUCACAAUAUAUAUCCUUUGGUAAAUCUAAAUGCGGCCAUACUAUAGGGUAUGGCCUCCCUGCUUGUUGGAAGGUUUGAAUAUGAGACCUCCAAUUUGGAAGUCUCAAACUCCAAGAGUUUGGCUAUAGCAUAGAGGGCAAGUUUCACAAUAUGCUUCUUAUACGUUAAAAAGUCCCAACUAUCCAAAAACUACCAAAUAGGAAUUCUGAUGGUUAUGUAAUAUAAAGAACUGGCUCUU